AUGCGUCCAUCUCGCAUCCUAAAGGUCUUAGGCCUCUUCUGCGCUGUCAGUUUCACAAACGCCCAGGACGAGCAAUCAGGUGAACCUCAAGUUCCCGACCAACCCACACCCUCUCCGGCACCCACGUGGGGAGGAUGUGUGGAUGGCAACCUAAAUCCCCUUGUCACCAUUGGUGAAAAGACAACAAUAUGUUUGGUUCUUUCCAACGGCGUCAACUGGAAUGGACAGGUUGUUGAUUACGUCCGACUGAGCUUUCAACCAAUUGCCGACGAAUUCUCCAGAUUCAUUGUUCCUGCUUCCUACACACAUUUGAUCAGUCAAAGAGGUUCCAUAUCAAAACUAGGAAACUUUGCCGACAAGGAUAUUGGCAUUCAUGUCUCAUCACAAAAUGGUGUUUCCUUCCAGAAGUUGUAUUACGACGUAGACGAGGCAAAGAUCUAUCCACAAUUGACGGCCAUUAUUGAUGUCAAGGACGGAGUGGUCGACGGAAUCACAUGGGAUGACGGCUGCAUUUUUUGCAAAGACUUGGAAUGCGGCAUCAACACGUUUGGAUUCGAUGGAGAACCAGCUGCAAUUCAAACACCUGCCGGAGGCUGCGGAAAGGACAAGUCGGUUUGCGAUGAAGGGGUUAGUAGUCAAAGUACCGAGUGCGACAUUGCCUUUCACGUGGUAUGGACUGGAACGGAUGCAGAUGGAACACCAUUCCAAUCUUCUGCCUACCGAUUCUCUGCUUUCCCACAACAGGAUUUCGUGGAUAGCUUGAAUAUUCCAACAUCGUUUUCGGAUUUGGGUAUUACUAUUGGUAAUUAA